ACCUCCUUUCUCCUGUUACAGUAUCCCUUCAUAACCUAGGCCUGUUCUAAAGUUGACAAGAUGGUCCUCUACUCGCGGACACACAUGGUCUCAUGGGCGCUGUUGAAGGAACUCAUUUGUGUUGAGUCGUUCUACACGUUGUCAUGGGGCACACUUUUCGGAAUGACUAUAUGGGUGACACUCAUUGGUAACUCCCUGGCUGUGAAAGCAGUCCCUCGCGAGCCCUACCGGAGGCUGACGGCCAAGUGGUUCCCUACAUACUUUGGCCUCACAAGUGCCCUCGGAACGGUCAUGCUCGGCACAUACUCGUACACGCACCCCGACACCAUCGGAUACAUGUUCAUCAAGCCCCUCACACCGGACGCGCUACAGGGUUGGGUGCUUACCCUCCUGACAGUCACGAACGCGGUCCAAUUCUUCUAUAUCGGGCCUAGAACGGAGAAGGUCAUGUUCACCCGUGCAGCAAAGGAACGCGCUGAAGGAAAGGCAUUCAGCGAUCCAACCGCCUCGGACGAACUGCAAGCGCUUUCGGAAGAGUUCUUCAAGCUGCAUGGAUACAGCAUGGUGUUGAACACCGUCUCCAUCGCUGCAUUGCUCUUCCACGGGCUCUGGAUCGGAACGUUUGGAGCAGCUGGGUACUGAUGAAAGCAUGUAAGAGGAGAGCAUCUAUUGCUACGAAUUCGAUACGACGAUUCCUUGUAUGAACAAAGAAAUGGUUUCAAUGAGCUAAAUG